AUGUGCAACUACGCGCCGGACCGGGGGCUAGUCAAGAACACGCGCGUCGUCGUGCGCGCAGUGGGCAAGCGCGUUGUGACCGUGCGUAUCCUGCGCGGUGUCGGCGGUGUGAGCGUCGUCGACGCGGAGGACAUCCUUAUCUCGCGCAUCUCGUUCAGCACGCCGCUCGAGUCCGGCCACAUGCUCAUCCGCAGGCAGUUCCCUCUCGCGCCUGCGUACGCCACGACGUUCAAUAGCUGCCAGGGCCUCACGCUCGACGUCGUCGGCGUCGAUCUCACAAGGCCUGUGUUCUCGCAUGGCCAGCUGUAUACGGCGCUCUCGCGGAUCCGACACCGCAGCCAUGCCCGGGUGCGCAUGCGACCGGGGCAGUCCAUGACGAGGAAUGUCACCUAUCGAGAGAUAUUGCCUUGA